CUGGACAAGUUUUAUUUUCCGCGCGAUAAACAAGGAUGCACCUACUUACGACCGUGGACACAUAAAGAUGAUACGUUAGUCAACUUUUUCACGGGAUUUUAUAUUAGAGAUUCACAGAGAGAGAGGGAUAAUUAUAGGGUAGAUGAAAAAGCUUGAAGUUUUUUUUUCAAAGAAUUUGAAUUUAGAUGAGAUUGGGAACGGAACUUGUUCAAAGUUCCUGGGGAUAAUUUUUGAAAGAAAAUCAAAAAAUAAUUUUUUGAAAAUUUUAUUUUCGAAAAACUAAAUUUUGCGAUUUUGCAUUGAUUUCGAACCACACGAAUUGAUUCCCAAAAAAUAUUUCACACUUUUCUGAAUUUUUUGAAACAGUGAAAUUUUUUUGGGAAAAAAUGUGAGAUUAAUUUUUGAGAACUCCCGCCGAUUUGUUAAAUUGUUGAAACAGUAAAUUUUUUACAAAUUAAUUUUGACAGUAUACCAGACCUAUAAUUAAUUCUGAAAAUUUGGAUAAUUUUUGAAACAGUAAAUUUUGAGAUAAUAAAUCCUCCCUUUGUUUCCAGUUUCCAAAAUUUGCUGACAAAAUUUCUGAAUUUUUUGAAACAGUGAAUUUUUUUUCGGGAAAAAAUGUGAGAUUAAUUUUUGAGAACUCCCGCCGAUUUGUUAAAUUGUUGAAACAGUAAAUUUUUUACAAAUUAAUUUUGACAGUAUACCAGACCUAUAAUUAAUUCUGAAAAUUUGGAUAAUUUUUGAAACAGUAAAUUUUGAGAUAAUAAAUCCUCCCUUUGUUUCCAGUUUCCAAAAUUUGCUGACAAAAUUUCUGAAUUUUUUGAAACAGUGAAUUUUUUUUCGGGAAAAAAUGUGAGAUUAAUUUUUGAGAACUCCCGCCGAUUUGUUAAAUUGUUGAAACAGUAAAUUUUUUACAAAUUAAUUUUGACAGUAUACCAGACCUAUAAUUAAUUCUGAAAAUUUGGAUAAUUUUUGAAACAGUAAAUUUUGAGAUAAUAAAUCCUCCCUUUGUUUCCAGUUUCCAAAAUUUGCUGACAAAAUUUCUGAAUUUUUUGAAACAGUGAAUUUUUUUUCGGGAAAAAAUGUGAGAUUAAUUUUUGAGAACUCGCACCAAUUUGUUAAAUUUUUGAAACAGUGAAAAUUUUUUUGGAUCAAAAUUAGACCAAACUGAAAACUAUGUUAUUAUUCAAUUGAAAAUUUCUACUUUUUAAAAACUUAUCUGGAAAUUUUGAAACAGUGAAUUUUUUCCAAGUUAAGAUUUUUUGAAGAAAAAAUUUGUCUAUAAAUGUUUGCCAAAUUUUUUUCAUGGUAAAUUUUUCACUAUAUUAACAAAAUAAUAUAACUUUUCUAGUCAUUGUAUUUUUGAAACAGUAAAUUUCCGAAAAAUCAAACUAAUUUUCAGCUGGUCUUUCUAUUUUGUUCUCGAAAAACGUGCUCGAGUCUAUGGUCGUCAACAUCAAUUGAGAAAUAAAAAAAUCCGAAGAAACAUCAAAAAAUCACAAUCAGCAGAACCAGUUGGAAUUCUUCAAUUAUAUGGAGUUGUUCCAUGUUCGGAAGCGUGUAAAAGCAAAGAAACAUUGGAAAAUGGAAAGAGUUUGGGAUCACAAUCUGAUGGAACUUUUUAUCGGGGAAGAGAUAAUCGCAUUUUUUAUUGAGGUUAGUUUUUUUCCUGCUUUAGAAUGUAAAAAUUUCAUGAAACAGUGAAAAAUUCUGAUUAAUUUUCCGAACAGGGGAUUUUUUGAGAAGAAAUAAACCAAAUAAUUUCAAAAAACUAAUGAAACAGUAAUUUUUUCUCUUGAAAUUUUGUUCAGAAAUCUUUCGAGUUCAGUUCUAAAGCAUUGUGUAUUCAUCGAAAAUUAAAAAAAACAGAAUCCAAUUCAAAAUUUUCUUGAAACAGUGAAUAUUUAUUUGGCAGAAGAAAAAGUUCUAAAUUUGAUAAUUUUUAUGCACGUCUCAUAAUGAAAUCACAAACUGAAAUAAAAGUAUUUAGAAAUUUUGAAACAGUGAAUUUUUGAGGUAUUAAGGAAUUUUGAAGAGGUUUCUGAAAACUGAUUUGAGAACAAGUAUUUUAUUGUCUUUAUUGAUAAUAAAAAUAGUAUUAGAAAAUUGGUUCAGGUUUUCAAAAUAUUUUGAAAUAGUGAAUUUUUGAGUACAUGAAAAUCUUGAACUUUUUCUCUGAUUGUUAUUGUUAGAAAAAAAUUCUAGUAAUAACGUUAAAAAUCAUCUUCCAGAAUUUCACAUUUUUCUGAAACAGUGAAAAAUUGUUUUGGUUGAAAAUUUUCACAAAUUCUGGAAUUUAAAAAUUGGGUAUUUUCUUGAAACAGUGGAUUUUUCAAAAGUAACAACAUAGAUUCAGAAAUAAAAAUAUUUUUAAAAAUAUUUGAAACAGUGAAUUUUUUCAGAUGCUCCAAACCUUCCACAACCAUUUUUUUUGUCAACUCAUCGACACUUUUUUGUAUGUAUCAAUAAUUCGUCCGGCUAGAUUUUCCCUACAGUAA